UUAAAUAGAACAAAAUAAAAGUUGGAAAACUAAACAGGGUCCGCUCCCAAUCUGACCUCGGUCAAAAUGUGCAAUCGAGAUUGUUGUGCCGUGAAGACGGCUCUGCAGAUACGUCAUCUGAAGCAGCUGCUGGAGAAGCAGCGACUGGAGGAGAUUGCCAAUCCGAGGAAGUUGGUAAUUACACCUCAAACCUUGAUGCAUACAUAUGAGGACAUUGAAGCUGUGGCCAAUUUCAUAAUACGAAAAACGAGUACAAAACCAAAAUUUGGUUUGGUUUGCGGUUCGAAUUUGGACAUGAUGGUGGAGAUGAUUGAGAAUCCGACAGUAAUUCAAUAUGCAGAUAUACCAAAGUUUCCAUUAUGCGCAACUCGUGGCUACACCGGCAAAGUGUGUGUGGGCACAAUUAUGGGAGCCACUGUAAUUGCCAUGCACGGACGCUUUCAUUACUACCAGGGCAAUCAAUUGGCCAGUUGUUCCAUGCCCGUGCGUGUUAUGAAGCUCUGUGGUGUCCAGUACUUGUUCCUCACCUGCUCAACCAGCGCCGUCAAUCUCAACUAUCAAGUAGGCGAUAUUCUGCUAAUCAAGGAUCAUAUUAAUAUACUGGGCCUCUUUGGCUCCUCUCCGUUGAUUGGACCAAAUGAUGAGCGCUUUGGCAAUCGACACACCUCAAUGCUCGAUGCCUACGAUAAGACACUGCUGCAGAAGGGUCUGGAGAUUGGCCAGGAGAUUGGCUACGAGCAUCACGUGCACACCGGCGUCUACGCCUGCAUCGGUGGACCAGCUUAUGAGACGUCCACGGAGCAGAGACUGCUGCGAACACUUGGCGUGGAUGUCGUAGGCAUGUCCCUCGUCCACGAGGUGAUUGUAGCACGUCAUUGUGGCAUGAAUGUGUUCGCCUUCAGUUUGAUUACCAAGCCCUGUAUUGAGAACUACAAAUUUGCCGACAAAACUCUGCUCCAUGGACAACAGGCGAGCGUUGAGCUGCUCUCUCGAUUGAUUUACUACAUUGAGAAUGAUCUGAUUGAAACACCUGCGGACACUGAUAAAUUGACUGCAGGUCAAUCAGGAUAUUCAGAGGAAGCAUUUCGAGCAAUCGAUUAAAUGCUGGUAAUAGACAGAAAUUCAAGAGUGUAAUUGAAAUUGAUAAUGUUCGAUUAUUAAAUAUAAUUCAUUUGCUGAAGA